AUGUCGAGCGAUGGCGAAUCAACUGUUGCAGUCAAACUGUUCAUCGACAAGGAGAAGAAGAGGGUGUUGUUUGCGGAAUCUGACCAGGACUUCGUCGACGUCCUCUUCAGUUUCCUCACCCUGCCCCUCGGCACCAUCGUUCGUCGCCUCGGUAAGCAGUCUCAGGUAGGGUGCCUCGACGAGCUGUACAAGAGCGUGGAGAAUCUUGGGGAAGAUCACUUCCAAACGAAGCCUUGCAAGACCAUGCUUCUUAGUCCCCGCAAUGCUGCAGCAGAUCACUUAGGUCGGCUUAAAGUCGAACUUGACGACAUAGAUCAAACAUUGUUUUAUGCUUGCAAGCGUCACAUGGGGUACUUCAGCUCAGUCCCUGACGUUGGUUGCCCGUUUUGCGGCACCAUGGAUAUAACAAUUAGGGAAUGUUCAGAGAAAGGGACUCUGGAUGAGAUUUUUGCCAAGAGCCGCACGAAGUUCGUCAUCACGGAUGAUCUCCAAGUUGCUCUUUCUUCCACAGCUCUCAUGUUUUCCUUGAUGGACAAGCUUGGGCUACAGGAGCAAGCGAAUAUCGAGGAAGUGGUGCUACAACUCAAUUCCAAUAAGAUGAUUAGCUUGCUUGCCAGAGCACUGCUGUCAAAGCAACCUUUAACUGGCCUCUAUUUUGAUGUUACCAUCACGCCUGAUGCUUUCCAGCUUCCUGAGAAUUUAUUGGCAGAACAGGCAGAUGAGGCUGAGCCCAUGUUCAAAGCAAUAAAGAUGAGGAUUAUUCAGUCAAAAGAUGGUACCUCGGUGUUGUAUGCUGAAGUUGGGCAUGACUUCGUUGAUAUAUUCUUCAGCCUGCUUUGCAUUCCAAUUGGAUCCAUAAUCAAAGCUUUUGGUGAAUGGUCACCAAAUGGCAGCAUUGAUAAUCUUUACAAGAGUGUGAAUGAGGAAGCAUGUGUUAAACAAGAAUGCCGAAGCCUGCUUCUAUCACCAAAGCUGCCCCCUUUCUUUGGCUGCAGCAGCAAUGUACUCCAUGUGGAAGAGCUACCCUCUGGAAGUGUGUCACGCUAUAAUCACGAGGUGAAUCCAAAAGAACCCAUUAGAGGAGGUACUUGUAGGGCAUAUGUCAAGGAAGGUUCCACAAACUUUAUGGUGACCGAUGAUCUUCAUAUCUCCAAUUUCUCUUUGGCCAAUAGUCUCAAAGCCAUUCGCGCAGCCAAGAUUCCAAAGGAGAAGCUUGUGGAGAAAGAGCUCACUCUUGACAAAACACAGGUUUUGAAGCUACUGAGAGCUGCAAUGCUGAGUCGUGGCGCACUCAGCAGCGUGCUCUUGCCUAAGUAG